AUGGGGGCUCGCAUGGUCCCAGCACAGGACGAGAAGGUCUUAGAGAGGAGGGCUGGGGAACCGCCGCCGGCCAACCCGAUGGGGAGGCAGUGGCUGGGGAAUAGGGCUGUCUCAGAAAUAAAUCACCCUCCAUCAGAGGUUCCUCCUCACGGGGUGGCAUGGGUAGUCACUGGCAGGCAACAAGGGGAAAAACACCCGACGAGUUACGGCCACAUGCGUGCCGUAGGGCACCAAGACGUGGCUGACGACAGUGAGGACGCCGCUGACCCCAGACGGCUGUCCUCCCUCCGGCAGACGAGACAGGCACGAAACGAGCAAUAG